AUGGCCCAUCCCGUGCUCCUCGCUCGGUCGCCCUCCUUCCUGGCUCCCUCGCGACGCUGCCUUCUCUCUCUCCCCACCUCCGCCCCCGCUUCCACCUCCCUCGGCGCCUCUCAAUCCCGUCGCCAUCUCCAUCUCCUCCGCCAGUCCAAGACCCUCCAAACCAACUCUCCCCGCCAACAAACCCGCCUCGUCCCCUCCCCCUCUUGCCCUUCCUCCUCGUCAAUCCGCCCAUAUCACUCACAACACCACCCCGACCCCCCGGUCCACGAAUACACCAACUCGCAAACCACCAUCCUCUCCGCCGCCCUCCGCCACAUCCCGCAGCAUGGCUUCACCCGCGACGCAUUGACCCUGGGCGCUCGCGACGCCGGCUUCCUCGACGUGUCCGUGCAGCUGUUCCCCCGCGCCGAGUUCGACUUGAUCUUGUUCUGGCUGGCGAGUCGACGGGGCUUGUUGCGCGCCAGCGUCCAUGACGGCCUGUUAGAUCAAUAUGCCGGGGUUUCCGUGGAGCAGAAAAUCAAGGUCUUGUUGAUGGAACGGUUGCGGAUGAAUGUUGAUGUGAAGCAUCAAUGGCAGGAUGCCCUAGCCCUCAUGUCCUUCCCCAGCAACGUCCCCCUCUCACUCUCCGAACUCCACGCACUCUCGGACGACAUCCUGAAUCUCGCCGGCGACGACUCCGUCGACACGACAUGGUACACCAAGCGGCUGUCCGUGUCCGCCAUCUUCGCGUCCGCCGAAGUCGUCAUGACCCGCGAGGCGCCGGGCUCGGGGCUCGCCGAGACCGAGGCAUUUGUGGACCGGCGCGUGGAAGAUGUUAAGGCUCUCGGGGAGAAAUUGUCAGGCGUGAAGCAGUGUUUGGGAUUCAUGGGUUCUACGGCUGUCGGGGUGGGGAGGAGUUGGGGGUUGAAGAUUUGA